CGCGAAAAAGCGCCAACCGGAAGUGAGCGUCGCUGAGGGGAAACGGUGGCCGGUCCAGGAUUUGAAUCUCUCCAAAAAACUCCAUAAUCUGCAAACAUCUCCCUUAAUAUGGCAGACACAAAGGACCAGGAAGACCACGAAACCCCUUCAGAAACUGUCGAGGACCCGAACCACGAUCCUCACUUUGAGCCCAUAGUCUCUCUCCCUGAACAGGACGUGAAAACAUUAGAAGAAGAUGAAGAGGAGCUCUUUAAAAUGCGGGCUAAACUAUAUCGUUUUGCCUCUGAGAACGACCCGCCGGAGUGGAAGGAGAGAGGAACCGGUGACGUGAAGCUGCUGAAACACAAAGAGAGGGGAACAAUCCGCCUCCUAAUGAGGAGAGACCGGACUUUGAAGAUUUGUGCCAAUCAUCACAUCACCCCCAUGAUGGAGUUGAAGCCCAACGCCGGCAGUGACAGAGCGUGGGUGUGGAACACACUAGCAGAUUACGCUGAUGAAUCCCCCAAACCGGAACUGCUGGCAAUACGCUUUUUAAAUGCAGAAAAUGCUCAGAAGUUCAAGGUGAAGUUUGAUGAAUGCAAGGAGGAGGUCAGGAAGACUCUAGAGACAACAGGCGACACUGAUAGCGCCAACAAGGUGGUAGAAAAGCUGGAGGAACUCUCUGUAAAAGACAAGGUGUUGGAUGAAAAGAAAGAAGAGGACAAAAAGGAGACUGAGAAGGAGAAAAAGGAGGAGAAAGCUGAGGAGAAGAAAUGAAAACAAGGACUUCCUUUGCUGAUCUCCAGUUUAUCAGUUUUUCCUCUUUUUCUACAAUAGACUAAAUGAACUGAAUUUGGAAACUUGCAUACCUUUUUUUUUUUUUUUUUUUUGUCUGUUUUGACUCAAGAUCACAAGACCUUGAUGCUACUGGGGAAAAAAUAUUAGUAAAUUUAUCAAAAAAAAAAAAAACCCCAGAAAAGUUCUUUCCCUUCCACUCAUUUUCCUCUUCGCACCAUGGGAUGUGGCGCUUUGUCAUCCUCGUCAUCAACAGUUCGAUGUUUUACCUCUGACAAACUGUGAAAAAGGCUUGUGAUAGCGACAGUUCCCACAUUGGGUUAUUAUUUUUUUUUAAAUGUUUAAUUUUUUGUUGUGAAAGGGUUGGUUUGCAUGGAGGGAGAAUAAUGUAGCCUGCUUGUUAGCAGCAAAGCGUCAGGGACCAGGCAUUGUGGAGGUGCAUUCUAACUGAAUCCACAUGAUGCAUCUCGGUGUGCCUUCAGUUCCACAUUUCCACUGUUGCAGCACCAGUAACGCGAGGACUUCUCAGUGGAUGCCUUUUUAGAAAAAGUUUUUUGGUUCCCCUCUUUAAAACUGUGUUCUCGGUAGCUCGCUAUGAGAGGAAUCCACUCCCACCGGUAGAGGGGCAGCAGACGGACGGGUGUGUCCGCCCACGACUGACUGAUAGAUCAGAUGCACUUAGCAUUUUCCUUUUUUUGCUUUUUUGUCUUAAACAUCUUAAAAACUUACCAAGUCUCAAACGGUUCAUGAGUUUGAUGUAGCUCUUCUUUGACCCAAGUUUUUCCACAUCAGGAGAUCCAGUUUGUAUUCUUUAACCCGUAACAUUCCCUGGCUUUAAAGCAUGUAGAGUAAAAAUGUAACUGUGCACAAUCUGAUCUGUGUUCUUACACCCCAUCCCCCUUUCUCUCCAUUACGUUCUUUACCUUGCCUCUUAAGUGCAUCUAAGUGCCAGGGCAUCUGUAAAAACACAUAUAUGGAUUCAAUGUUGCUCUUCAUUUGCACUCAAGUGAUCUGAAAUGUUUCCUCCUACUUCAAAUAAAAACUGUUGAAGACCA